AUGAGCCUUGAACACAACAGGCUGGGGACAGAUGAGAGUCUGUACUCAAGGGUUUUCCAGCAAGACGCUGCAGGAGAUGCUACUCAUGACUGUGACUCACAGGGACCAAGUAAAGACACGGUUCAUGCAGGGAAGACCCUCUACAAAUGCAAAUAAUGUGGGAAAGUGUUCAACGAGAAUUGCCACCUUGUUUGACAUCAGCGGGUUCACACUGGAUGAAGCCUUAGGAAUGCCACAUGUGAAAAGGUAGAUUUUGCUCGACACAUGAAGAAUCACACCAGGGAGAAGCUCUGUAAGGGCACAGAGUGUGGGGAGGUCUUUAACGAGAGGCCACACCUCACGCACCACCAGCAGAUCCACACUGGCAGGAAGCCCUCUAAGUGCAGUGAAUGUAGAAAGACCUUCAACUAUCACUCUGUUUUUGUCCAGCGUAACAUGACCCACAAUGGUGAAAAACCCUUUGAGUGUGGGAAAGCCUCUCACUACAACUCUUCCUUAACUCAACACAGGAGGAUUCACACCAGAGAGAAGCCCUACACAGGCAGCAAAUGUGGAAAGACCCCCUUCUGCUCUGACUUUAUCUGACACGGUAAGACCAUCACAGCACAAAAGCCCUAUGAGUGUAAAGAAUGUGGGCAAGGUUUUUCCUACAGCUUCUCCCUCACUCAACACACCAUAAGUCACACUGGAGAGAAGCCCUAUGAGUGCAGUGAGUGUGGAAAGGCCUUUGCCUGCCACUUUGCUUUCAUCCAGCAUACGACGAUACACAUUAGAGAAAGGAAACAUUGA